AGGCGAGAGACGCGCUGAUGAUCGAGCAGCUGUUUCUACAUCUACACACCAGGGCCUGCAGGUUUGCUUCAAAAAUGGGACUGAUGUUACAGGUUGUCGACACGCAGAGGUCACCUUGAAACAUGGAGGGAGGGAAUUUCGGCUACUCCCGAGACUACUUCGACCGCUUCAUACAAAGCCAAGACUCUUCAGUGGUGAACAAGUUCCAGCAGAAGUACUGGAAGACCAAACAGACGCUCAUCAGAGUCACCAGGAAGGCAGAGGAUGAACAUGUGGUGGCGUCAGACGCACACCUGGACGCCAAGCUGGAGGUCUUCCACUCUAUCCAAAGAACGUGCAUGGAGCUGCUAAAGGUCAUCGAACAGUACCAGAGAAGGAUUUGCUUUCUUUCCCAAGAAGAGAAUGAGCUGGGUCGUUUCCUGCGCUCCCAGGGGUCGCAGGAUAAAACCAGGGCUGGGAAGAUCAUGCAGGCCACGGGGAAAGCUCUCUGCUUCUCCUCCCAGCAGAGGUUGGCUCUGAGGAACCCGUUGUGCCGCUUGUACCAGGAAGUGGAAACGUUUCGCUAUCGAGCCAUCUCGGACACGUGGCUGACAGUGAAUCGCAUGGAGCAGUCCAGGACGGAGUACCGCGGAGCCUUGCUGUGGAUGAAGGACGUGUCCCACGAGCUGGACCCCGACACGCAUAAGCAGAUGGAGAAGUUCCGCAGGGUUCAGGCCCAGGUGCGAACCACCAAAACAAGCUUUGACAAGCUCAAGAAUGAUGUUUGCCAGAAAGUGGACCUGCUGGGAGCGAGCCGCUGCAACCUGCUCUCUCACGUCUUAACCACGUACCAGACUACACUUCUGCACUUCUGGGAGAAGACAUCCCACACCAUGGCCGCCAUCCAUGAGAGCUUCAAGGGCUGUCAGCAUUACGAAUUCUCCACACUCAAGACCUUACGAGACCCAAAUGACAAACUAACUAAAAAGAAGGGGAAGAAGAAAAGUAAAACGGAGAGACAAGAUAGAAGUGAACCUGAAACCACAGAGGAAGAACUCGUCUCACUAGAAACUGAGAAAAUCAGCGAUACGAGCAGAGAAGAGCCCGAGGGAGAGGAGAAGGACAGCAUGGCCUUGCUCAGCGAGAUCCUGGGCGGCCUGUCUGUGGACGAGGGCGACUUCUCUCGAGAGUGGACCGAAGUGUUCGGAGAGGCUGAGGCGGGAACCAGCGCAGCCUCUGCUGGACCAGCAGAAGCGUCGCAGAUGGAAAACUCCUUCUUUCUGCCAUCACAGCUGCUGGACCAGAGCUCCCACAAGUCUUCCUUCUCAGACUGGGCCGCGAUGGCUCCGCAGCCCGUUGCCGGGGCAACAGAGCAAACAUCUGGAGUCAAUCAGAGCCCUGCGAAGCCUCCAGUGAAAGAAACAGCUGGGAAGUCGAAAGACCUCUCGACGUGGUUCAACCUCUUCGCCGACUUGGACCCGCUCUCUAAUCCGGAUGCAGUUGGCAGAAGCAGCACGGAGCAUGAACUUCACACAGCUUAACUCUCCUAAAACUGGAACCGUCUUCUGGGUAUUGCAUCAUCCCGCUGGCUCACGCUUUAUUUCUUUUAUGUAAAUCACUUUUCAAGAUCAUACCGGUUGUGAAGCAAAUUAGAUUCAGGUGAUCAUGAUGAUGAUCACAAUCGUCUCUGACUGUCGUAGAAAAACUCAGCAGCAGCCUCAGCAGAGGUGGAAAAGUGAGGAAAAAGUGGGAAAGCAACACGAGCUACACGAGCUUAGAUGCAGGAAGAGGGAACUUUGUGACGCCGCCAAAAGCUCCACGGUGAGAAAAGCUACUGAGAUGAUGAAGUGGAUUCAGACAGCCACAUGGUCACAGUCACAGCAGAGGAUACGUGUACAGCCAGCGAACCAGCUGGGACCAGACCAAAUAAAAAAAAAAAAAAAAAGCGGAUGAACAAAUACGAAAAAGAGUCACCCUGACCUUUUUCCACCACUGAUUACAAACGCACACCUCAACAGUUCAAGCUCUGCUUUUUUUGGACAGCACCCAUUUAUGACAAAGGUCAUCUCAGGACACUUUGAACCAGGUUGGUUCAAGUCCAGCUGAUUCGGUGCAUUUUAGUCUAACUCCUUAGAAAGGGAAUCAUAUUAUAUAUACCACUGAAUCUUAAAAAUAAGGAAGGACACAUUCAAAUCUAUUUACUUUAUUUCAACCAUCCAUCCUGAACAUGCACGAGGCGGUGGGUGACAGGAGAGGACUCGAAUAAACUGCCCUCAAGUGCUUAAUUAUGCUGACGGCUGUAAUCCUCAAUUACUUUUAGCAUCAAUUUGUGCGUCAGACAGUCUUCUCUUAAAGUCUGCUACGACGCUUUGCUGUAAACUUGCAGUUGGCAGCUGGAAUGUGCCUACAGAUGUUGCUCUGUGGGUUGAUUUUACUUUGCGAGAGGUGAUCAACCUGGUUAUUUUUGGAUAAGCUUUCAUCCUUAUAACCGUUUUCUGGAAAUCAGCAUACGCCCUCUGAUGAAGAGGAAGCAUCGGUUGGUUUGAAACGAACGAGUCAUCUGGCGAGUUCAACAACAUUGCUCGCAAAUAGAUCAAGAGAUUGAAGAUGAGAAAACAAACACUCUCGUAUCAUUUGGAAUAUGUUGAAAAAGAAAAUGAGUCAUAAUUAUUAAAGCUUAUGACAACAAACAGCUCAACAGAUUUUAUCUCGUGUUGGCAGGAUUAUGCGGCUGCAGGAACGCUCAUGUCAAAAUGCAGAAUGUUUGGUCAAAACGCUGCACACGAACCAAAAAUAAGCCUCUGAUAUCAGCCGCCUCAUAAAUCUGUUGUCUCUACUCUUCAUUGAAUUAGAUCACAAGAUGCAAGUGGAAACUUUUUUCUUCAUUAUUUUGUCCCAUUUAGCAAAAGAAAGAAAAGAAACUUUAAGUGGAGAAAUGUUACAGCAGCUACAGAAACACGGCCAAAAGUUCACAGGGAUAUAAAGUUUGCAGGUUUUUUCUGCUUCAGUGAUUCACAUAAUUUAGAGAUUAACAGAUUUACUUAAAUAUAUUGCAAAAGGCCCCAUUGGCAUAAAUAAUUGAUUUAACCACAAAAACCCAAUUUUAUCUAUAUUCUGACCGUGACACAUCAUGAUCAACUAGGAUCUUUUCAGCUAUCCAGUCGUCAUCAGAGGGGAUAUACAUAAACCAGUGGAGGUCAGCAGAGACUUCUCAAUCAUUCUGAUUGAUUACCGGUAAUAGGAGUAGACUUGCUGAUAGUGUUAUUUUUUUGCUGUAUAGAGAUAAAACGUGCAGCCAUCU